AGAUUCAUUGGUUAAAAGAAGAACAUGUUAUGCCAAUUCGAUACAAUCGAGUAGACAUGACAGAAUAGUUUGAUGAUCGUAUAGUCGUUUUCACGAUUAUAAAGCCAAAAGGUGAUCGAGGGUUGGGGAAAUCUGAAGAAGAAAAUAGAGGAUCAGAAAUGGCAACUGAUCAAGGAUCAUCAGAAAACCAAGACUGGCUUGCUGUGAAGAACUGGCGCAAUAUACAGAAAGAGCGUGAGAGAGAAAAGCGGCGUAUGCGUGACAGAGAAAGAAGGCAAUCCAUGAGCCUUGAAGAGAGGGAGAGGCAUCUAGCCAGGCGGCGCAGAAAUUACCAACUCAGAAGACAAAGAGCCUUGAAUAAUGCUGCUGCUAAAACUGGCAGUGAAGCUGAAAACGAGAAUAAUAAUCUUCAAGUGGUUUCUGUCGUCCCAGAACUCGAAUUCUAUUCAGACUCUGCACCGCGAUUUGUGUCUACCAAGGACCAUGCCACAAAUCCUCCUGCUGCUGUCUGUCCAGAGGCAAGAAGAAUUCGCCCCGUGAAAUAUCCAUAUCCUAAAGGGCUGCAUUUCUAUCAAAUUAGACAUCUUGCGCGGUUACUAAACAGUCGUUCUGGUGGGGUUCGUGACCAUAAUCAACGGGUUGAAGCAGAAGUGACUGACAAAAACUACGAUGUUCCCAAGUCCUCAGGAAAACUGUGGAGACGAAUACGGUUAAUAGACAUGAAACGUCUAGCACGAGCACUCAAUUCUGUUCCAAAAGGCCAGCCCAACACAGCCAAUAAUAAUUCAGGGGAAAGAAUCGAGGAGGUCGAGGGGAAUGCAGAGCAGAUGAUAUGCAGCAGCAAAUCAUUGACGCCUGAACAAUCAAACGAAGCCAUCUGCGAUGUUCAACAAGUUAAUGCAUAUUCUGGUGUCUUUGCCCCAUGAUGAAUUGAAGAUGGAUGCAAGUUCACCACAGAACAUGAUUCAGCAUGGAAAAUAUAGGCUUUUACUUUAUGUUCUUGGCAUACACAUAUAUAAAUAUAUAUAUACCUUGUAAAUUUUUACAAACCAUUUUCCCUCCCUUCUCAAUUCAGAUUUCAGACUAGAGAUAUUUUCUGAUAAAUAUGGAUGGAGAGGCAAGUAUGUAAUAGUUAAGCCUGAAUUAUGAUUUCCAUUUGGAAUUUUGGUC